AUGGCGUGGCAGAAGCAGAAGCAGCAGCAGCAGCAGCAGAAUCUUCUGCGCCUGCAGGUUGCUGCUCUCCAGCAGCAGGCUCAGCAGCAGCAGCAGCAGCAGCAGCAGCAGCAGCAGGAGAGCUACCAUCUGCUGCAUUACCAGCAUCAUCAGCAGCAGGAUCACCAGCACCCCCCUCAGCAGCCUCCUCAUCAUCAGCAGCAGCAGCAGCAGCAGCAGCAGCAGCAACAGCAGCAGCAGCAGCAGCAAGAAUAUGUUUUCCUGAGCUGCGGCUACUAA